AUGGAAAGGGAGAAAGCAACUAUCAAAGACUUUCAGGAACGUAAGAAUAACGGCGAUGAUAAUAAGAAAGCAGAGUCCGUAUUUUACUUCCUUGAUAACCUGGAUGAUCCUGAUGCUGUUUUCAAUAGAGUCUGAUUUUUAUGAAAUAACUCCACUCCCAGCCUUAGUUCCAUACAGGCUAAGAGUAGGGAUGAGGAUGAUGAACAAAUAAAUGAUCUUGAAAAGCACAAUUUUGCCCUUGGAAUGAUCAAAAUCGAGAAUCAACUUGAUCGAUCUAAUAAAGUAAAACAUUCGAAAACAAAGAGUGAAAAGAAAAUACUCAAAGGUGAGCAUAUUAGUGACCCUAAUAAUCAAUCAGAGCGAGAGGAUAUCCUUUACCAAGACUCCCAGGCCCAAUUAAACGAAGAAGAAAUUGAGGAAAUUAAUGAGGGUGGCGGGACCGAUAGUGAAGAUGAGAAAGAAAAUGAUAUGGCAGGCUCAAGAGACCCUUCCAUGCAAGUUGAUAGGACAAAUUCAAACUUUUUAAAAACAAAUUCUAGGACAAAUAAUAUGGAAGAACCACCUGAAAGUCCACUUCCUGUAAUAAAGAUUAAUGACAACAAGCAUCGUGCUAGAGAAGAUCAAAAGACAGCAGGAGUCACUCCAGUUGACACUGAAGAAAAAUCUGAUGAGAGUAAUGAUGAAGAGGUUCCUAACACUUCAAGACAGUUAAAUGAUGAUAAUAAGAAAUAAUAAGAAAAAGAAAGAAAAUUUUAUUAAUCUCAAAGCCAAAUACGAUGGGUUCAAUAAGCUAAGAUUUGUCUACUCAAAAGUAAUUCCUAAAUGUAUCGGGGAAACCGACUUUAUCUUACCCUGAAAAUGAAAUCAGCUUGCUCACAGAUGCUGAGUCCUAAUAUAUUGCUUGCUGAAAUAAAUGCAUAAUUUGUCCAUACUGUGAAGACUUCUAUGCAUUCAAAUCAGCUAAACUUCCUCUUUGAAACGAGAAGAAUUACUCUGUGCUAUCAUAUAUCCUAAGGAUUUCUAUUUUUAUACUUCUUCUGCUUUUCGUCUUCCUUGGCCUUCUAACAUACUUUUUUACGGCUAUAUUUAUCUAUGAUGAAUCUGUCAAAUACAUAAUUUUAUCACUCCUCUGCUCAAUUAUAAUGGUAUUCCUUUUGUACUGGCUAUACACCACUUACACAGAGACUAAAGACAGGAGUCUCUAUAUCACAAAGAUAUUAGCAAUGAGCAAGGAUGGCUACGAGACUGAGCUGACACGGAUACAGUCCAAGCGGAACUUAUUCAAAUUUAUCAAAACUUACCUUACUAAGGAAGCCAAUUUUGUGUCCCAUCCUGAAGGCUUUUGGUGGAAACGAGCUGUAUUUCAUAAGAGAAAAGCAAUUGAAGAGAGCUUUCAGCAGUUUAUUCUUAAUAAUGCUCCUAAACAAGAACAAGAGGACUUCGCUUAUGAAGGAAUUUUCGAUAAGAACAAAGAACCUGAUGCCACUCCAAUGAAGGGAUCUAAAAGACUGGAAUCUAAUUUCAUGAAUGCCAUCAAUCGAAGCACUAUGGGUGGUGAAGAGUUGAAGAUGCUACAGAAUGCCUCUAACACUUUGAUUAACCACGAACAGAGCUCUGAUUACUCCAAAAGUCCUCACUCUUCAAACUCUCGCCCGGUAGGUAUCAGCAGAAUGAAGCUUGAUAAACGAAUGAGGCAAAAUUUUACCAUAACUAUGGGAAAUUCAGGCCAAUCUCCAAACAGAGAUCACAACCUAACAUCUUCAAAGAACAAAUAGAAAAAUGAGAGGUGACAAUGCUCACGGCUACACUACCACAAAGCUGAUAAAAAUUACCCGUUUGCAAACAAGGAAGGGAUCUGAGAAUAUCAAUCCCAAAGCUGUCAAUAAGUUAGUAAAUAAGCCACUAGAAAAUACUAAUAAGAAUAACUCAGUGAUAAACGAGGCGGUUAUGGACCCCCGAGCCAGCUCUUUCUCUAAGAUCGGGACUCAAAGUGAGAUAAGCAAUCAACUCGCUAAGAAAAAUACCAAGGUUGAGAAGUCCAAGGAAUCUAUUGAAUCGCCUGACAUGGCUGACCAAAGUAAAGGAGUAGAGAAUAAACUUCAAUCCCAAUUAAAUGAUCCUGGAUCGAUAGUCAAGUCUGAAGAAACCAAGGGACAAGAUACAAGCUUUAAGACCAAUCUUUCUUGUGAAUCCCCUACGAAAAAUUCAAUGAGGAAGAAAGAAAGCUCUUCGGUCCCUCUUAAUAUUUCCAAAGAGGAACCUAAAGACACAAGCCAGCCAUCCAACGAAGAAGAAAUGAAGAAAGAAGAGCUAGGGAUAAUUCCAGAAGAAAUGUCUGAAAACUCUACAAUAGUACCUCAAAUUGGUAAAGGCCAUCGAGGGCUCACUCAAAAGUUAUCAGGAAAAGGUACUAUAUGCGAAAAUACAGAGGUUAAAGAUAUUAUUCACUCUCUUAAUAAAUUAUCUGUUUCAGAAAAUGACAUUAAAGAGGUGUCUGAAGAGUUUUCAAAGGUAGAUGAAUCUAGUGAGUUUUAUCCUCAAAAUGUAUCACAUUCUUCAUUAUCUAAAUACAACAAGCAUCUUAUGAAGACAAAGGAUGACAAACAAGGAAAUUCUCAUCUUGGAAUUCGGUGGGAAUUAGAUGAUUCAGGGAUCCAGUCUAUUAGUAACAUCACGAAUUAUAUCAACCCUGAAGAGAACAAGGCCAAUGAGGGGAUGAUUCAAUCUGCUCUAGUUAAUAAUUCUCAAAAUGAUUCAGCUGUAAAGAAUUCCAGACUUGAUGUUGAUAUGGUCAGGCCUCCUAAUAAGCAACAAAGUCGAAUAAUCAAUAUUAGUGAGUAUUACUCUGAUACCUCGAAAGCAGAUCAAGAUAUUCAAAAAGCAACAACUAUAAAGAGGAAGGAAACCAAAGCUGAAAUAGAGAUUUUCAAGAGUAAAACUGCUAAUGUUGAGGCGAUAAAACUAAACAGUCUCAAGCAUGCUCUUUCUGCAAAGAAAAAAAACAAAUAA